CUCCCCAAUCACACGUUCUUGCAACAACACACAAAAAAACCAGCCAAAAAAUAAAAAUUCAACCAAAUGAACCUCGUGCGGAGGCUUAGAGUAGGCCAGCUGGGAUCAUGGGCAGCUAGCUUUCGGCCAUACUCCGGCAAGGACAAGGACAAAGGCAAGUCCAAGCCUGAUCCUAAGACCCCGCCUAAGACCCCGCCCAAGGCAGAGCCCAAGAAGGAUCUUACAAAGGCUAAGGAUAAGUCUCAGGAAAAAGAUAAGGGCAAGGGCAGUAACAAGGGUGCGGACAAGGGCAAGAGCGAUUCUAUCGAGGCUAAUGGUUUCCCCAAGGACACCACCAAGAUAACCUUGAUCAAGGGCGAGGGUGCGGGUCCUGAGCUCAUGAGUGCCGUCCAGGAGGUGUUUAAAGCCGCCAAGGCCCCCGUCGAGUGGGAUGUCCACGACGAGUACCAGGUUUCCCCAGACAACGAGGAUGUGGCGCCGGCGAUCCUCGAGAGUCUGCGCAAGAACCGAGUGGGCCUCAAGGGACCGGUGGACAGUCGGCACUGGCAGCGUCACAUCCGCAAUCAGUUCAAACAGUACGCCUACGUUUCGGCCUGCAAAAAUAUCCAGGGCCUGGAAACACCCUACGGCGAGUUCGACGUCAUGAUCAUUCGGGACCAGUCGGAGGGCGACUACUCGGGUGUCGAGCACAGCGUCGUGCCCGGAGUGUGGCAGACUAUUAAGGUCGGCACCACCGACGGAGCCCGGAGACUGGCUAACUUUGUGUUCCUCUAUGCAACGAUGAACAAUCGCAAGAAGAUCACGGUGGCCCACAAAGCCAACAUCAUGAAGAUGACGGACGGCAACUUCCUGGAGGCCAUGCAGCGACUAGCGGACACUUACAAGAAGAAGAUCAAGUUCGAGGAUCGCUACCUGGACACUGUCUGCCUGAAUAUGUUAAUGAAACCGGAUCAGACCGAUGUGCUCACCUCCUCCAGUAUGUAUGGCGACGUGAUGCGAGUCAUUGCCGGCAGCAUGAUGGGAGCGCCGGGCAUCUGUCCCGGUUUCUCCGUGAGCGCAUUGGGCACCGUCUUUGAUUGCCGAAUGAAAUCGGAUCUGGCCAAUCCCACGGGUCCCCUGCUCGCUGCCGUCCUGAUGCUGCGUCACAUAAAGCAGGAGAAGCAUGCAGAUCGCAUUGAGUGCGCCAUAAGAGGCGUUUACCGGGACACGGACAUUCGCACAGAGGAUUUGGGCGGUACGGCCACAUGUUCCGAGUUCGCUGAGGCCGUCUGUGAACGGUUGGAAGGGAAUUAAUUAUAUUUUUGAGGACUAUCUACCUUUUUGGGAAAAUAAUUUCAAAAUUUAAGUUUUAACAUAUAAUUUUCGACAUAAGAAAAAUCAAAUUUAAGAUUAUAGCUAUGGAAACUGUUUAAUAUUGUAUGAUUUUACUUAAAAUUUUAUUAAAAUUAUAUAAGCGCCCCCA